GACAGCAUUGUGUUGUGAGAUUUCCCACCGAAGAACACUCAGAUCAGGUCUCUAAGACUAACAACAGUGUAGAGUGUAGAGAAGAAGAAUACACACACACACACACACACACACACACACACACACACACACACACACGACAGGAUGAGUAACCAACUUAAGAACAUGGGGAAUUUUAUAUCAGAAAUGAUAACCUCUUUGUAUGCAUUGCAACAGGUACAUUAUAAACUGGGGAUCUGCGAUAAAGGUUACACAAAUGAAACUACUCCGUGUAAUGAUCUCAUCUCCUCUUUAGAUACAGAGGAGCCAACAGUUAAGAGAAGACGGCCUUUCAUAUCUUGGUUGUUCCACAAGGGCUCUGUGCCCCACAAGGACCAAGUGUGCACAGCCCCGCCAGUUGUGAAGACAGGAAAAAUCUUCGGAAAAGAUCUGACUGCCAUUUGUGAGGAUGGCAAUCUACCCACAGCAAUUCUGGACAUACUAUCCUUUAUUAGUGUAAGGGGGCCAAUCACUGAAGGUAUCUUCAGCACACCUGGCAAAAUAAGAGCAUUCCUAUCCCUAAAAGAAAGGCUGGAUUCCGGGACAGAAGUGAACUUGAACAACGGAAGUGUCCCUGUUGUGGCAUCUAUCUUAAAGGAGUUUCUAAGAAAUAUACCAGGAAGUGUGCUGACAUCUAGACAAUAUGAUGAAUGGCUUGGUGUCCUUGACCCAGUGUAUGAAGAGAAGGAAGUAGCUGCAGUGCAGAGUCUUUUAGAGCAACUACCCCAACCGAAUGUCAUCCUUUUGAAACCACUUUUCAGAAUAUUAUACAAAAUUGAGAGAAACUCUGAAUUCAACCACAUGACAUCUUCUCAUUUAGCUAUUUGCAUAGCCCUGUGUAUUCUAUGCCUGCCUAGUUCCUGCAACUCAAGAUUGGCAGAUAUCACCAAAAAGGUUUCUCUUGUCAAAUUCCUUAUUGAGAACUAUCCAAAAAUAUUUGGAGAAGAGCUCAUUUAUGAGAAUUCUGAGGAACAUGUCAAAAUGUCUUUAAUAAGUUUGAUGAUUACAUGGGCCUCUGCUACCAGCCAAGACAACAUGUGCUUAAUUCCACCAGCACCAAAUGAGGAACCCCCCACUGGAAAUUCUGAUAACCCACCAACACCAAACAAGGAACUCCUUGUUGAUGGCAAUCUGCCUACUCCAGUACUGGACAUGCUCUCUAUUAUUGAGGAAAAGGGACUACAUACAGAGAAGAUCUUCAGAACAAUAGCCAACAAAUCCUUCCGAACCCUUAAAGAAAAGCUUGACGAUGGGGAGGAAGUCAGCUUAACUGAGGAAUCUGUCCUUGUUGUUGCAUCUGUCUUAAAGGGAGUAGAGAGCCAGUGUCUCCAACAGCAGGGAGGGUCCAGCUACUGCUUCCAGCAGCAGGAAAUGCUGCAGAAUAAGCAGGGCUUUGAAAUCCUCAGAUAUUCAGAGAUGUUCUCAGAAGGUGAGCCUCGAAUUGUUAGAUCACGAUGGUCAUUAUCAUCAUGAUUAUCAAAAUUAUCAUCAAAA